CAUAUACCCGAAUACUAGCUAUUCUAUAGGUCAGACCUUUACAUAAGGAGAGAAAAUUCCUUAUGACAAUAUACGGUAAGGGCUGUGGAUAUCUACAUGGUUUAAAUCAGGCAUGAAUUGAUUUACCUGUACAGGUGAAGGGGAAGAGAUGCCGAUGGAUAUGUUCAAUCAGCUGUUAUAUUGGUGAAAUUCGUAGCCGUACGGAAUGUAAGAAAUAUGACAUAAAAGUGUCACAGAAUUGCCUUCUUGUGACUAGUUUUAAGGUGGAUAAGGCUGAAAAACAAAGUCUAAAAUCAAAAGUGUGAAACCGCCGCUGACGGCGUACUAACAGCACGAUGACAUAAGUGCUGAUUGUGUUAUAACGAGCAACACAUGUGAAAAUCACAAGAUCACGUCUUGGGAAUAUUAAAAAAAAAAUCAAGUUAGGCAACUUUUAUUACAUCACAACGGACAUCUGUUGAGGAGUGUUACCUGUCCUUUGAGUAUAUGACCCGAGAUCGCAGUGUCAGUAAUGGAGGUACUACGGCCAUCACCGAUAGAGUCGGGUGUCGAAAUGACGUACGACAAAAAGGACAUUAGGGCUGCACUUGCUGCACACAAUGCUCAGAAACAGAAACUGAGUUAUGGUCAGCCAGCUCCUCUCAAAGACAGCCCGAGGUUAAUGAGCUUCAGACGGAGGGCUGUCAAAGGUCUGUCUCCCAUGUCUAUGAACAGUGAUUGUCCCAGCUUUACCACGGGGUCGUCACGGACUAUGUACGGGGCCAGUAUCACGCCUCUUAAGAGCAUUACCACUGACAGUCCUUAUACAUCCAUGAGUCAGCAGCUUCUACCAUCCAAAGACUUACCCGUGCUGAGUAAAUCUGCUCCUCCUAUCCCGGACGUACCGCCCAGCUGGAAAGGGUCUUCUACUAACCCAAAGCUCCGUCAUAUGUCCUUCAACACCGGAAGUCGACUCAAAUUACCUGAUGAUGGCGAUUUCUCAGUCAACCCUGAGCCCGUACCAUUUCAACCUCAAAACUUCAUGAAUAUGGCACCACAGGCUAAAGGGUAUGGAGGCGGCGGAGGCGCUGCGGAGUCUUCCACUUCGAUGAAAAAGAUACCGAUUCCAAAGCGGCAUCUGGACAGUUUUGGGGGCUAUGAAUACAACAUGGGUGCUAAGCGAGGCAUAAUCCUCCACACAGACAGAUACCAGAAUUCCAACUCGAAAUCAGGCCUCAUGGAUCAGUGGGAUUCGCCUAAAGUGUUCGAAGGCUUAAGCCAAAGGGAGAGAUUACGGGCAGAGCUAGAAUAUAUGGAAAGGCUGAGAUAUGUGAAACGCCGACGGGAGGUGCUGCCCCACAGGGCACAGAUUGACCUUCUGAUGGGAGGCAAGAAGGUGGACUUCGUAGAAAGGUUCGAUAUUCAAAAGGAAAUCCAGAAGUUAAAAUCACUUAUAAUGCCUCAAAACGCUAGGGAUUUGUUCCAUGGACGAGGGAUACCUCUGCCGACGGAACACUCCUCUGUGAAACCUCGGAGACCACCUUUAAUAGACUAUGAUAGCGAUGAGGACAUAACCUCGUCUGCUCGAAGCACAUUCCAACGUUCCAAGUAUUCUCAUGACCCCGAUAUGGGGGGAUCAAAAUCAAAAUCACGGCGUAACUAUGACGGUCAUCUGCCGAGAAUUAACACCAGAACCUCCAUGUUAGACGAUACGCCUAGAGGGAAGAAAGCGUUAUCAGUUAGGGUCCAUGAAAUGCUGGGAGAGUCAGACAGGUUCUCAGAAGACGGGCCUUGGACACCACUCUUACGACAAGAAUCUACUUUUUUUGGUACUCAGCCUGCUUACCUGCGUCGUUCCCGAACCAAUGUCUCCAAGUUUGAAAAUGCCAUGCCAAGAAGUUACACGUCAGUGCACGGCCGUCCGGAUAGAGAUCUGAAAGUGACUCCAAAAGCAGAAAAUGUCAGACGAGUCGACAUACCUUCAGCGGGUGCAGUACCUAGAAUACCCCAGUCGCGGGGACGAUCUGGAACUAAUCCGGACCCUGGAACUAUAGAAAUUCCGGAAACGACAGAAAAUAUAGAGCAUGACGACCCUGCCUCUAUGGAGGCAUACGAGGACUUGACGGACCGUCAGAAGAUGAUGGCCAGCAGGACCUCCAAAACUGCCAGUCCUGUUAAACCGCCCGCCACUCCAAAUCCUUUACGGGGAAGUGAAUUACCACAGAUGAUUCCAGAAACGGAACGUAGCGAACUGCAUGCAACAUUUAAGAAAUUAGAUACAGAUUCCGACGGGCAUUUAAAGUUUGACCAGCUACAAACACAGUUGCCCAAACAGAUGUCCCAGCAACAGGCGCGCUUUUUAAAGGAGGUUUACGACAUUACAAGUUCCAAUACGUUCUUCGGUGUGGAUGAGUUCCUGUUGAUGUCUUCCCUAACCAAACUAGUGACAAAUAUGAGUACCUCUCUCCAAGCUACCUUCCAAAUGUUGAACUUCAACAGCUUAAAGGUUGAUAUAAUAGCUUUCGUGGAAAUCUUCCAAUCAGUGGACAGAGGUCAGAAGGGAAAGAUUUCAUUAGAUUCUCUCCGUGAAGUGCUGAAUGGAAUACUGGGUCGAGAUCUCGAAAGUGACACUGCCCUCUGGAACAAAAUCGUAGAGACUGUCAACCCUAGUGAAGCCAUCCAGAUCACGAAGAUAGAGUUCCUGGCCUACAUCCCUUACUUCAUGUCGUUGAAAGAGUCUUGAUGUGGCGUCUUCAUUGAUCAUUGACAUUCCGCAACAGAACCACAGUAGGACAUUAAACUCACGAAGACAACUAAUCACUUUCUGUGUGAUAAAGAUAAAAGAUCGUGUUUAGUCGUGAACUUUAUAAUGGCAGUAGCCUACAGAAAACCAACAGUUAUAUUACAUAACAGCAUAACCAUUUUUACAAUCUGCCUUGGAGAAAGACUAUGGUGUUGAGUAACGCGCUACAUAAUGGUGAAGGUCUUCUGGAUACGUGUGUGGCUACUUCUCUACCGAUCAACGGCUACGUUUACAUGUUUCUUCAUUCAACAUGAAAUAGGUCCGAUCUCAAAACACACAGUAGUAUUGUUGAACAUCACAAAUGCUUUUCUUGAAAAAUAAAUAUUAAACACUCUCUUUCAUGACAGAAGUAAUUGCUAUAAACCUGUAUCUGUCCAGUUAACUGUGUCAGCGGUACCGUGUACCGGUAUGUUACUUGAGGAGAUAAAGUGAUACUCGUUUUAGUAAUAAUUGUAACAUAAUUAUUGUCCUCUCUCAACAACAUUCUGUGAUCAUUGUUCAUUUUCUAGUCAUAUAUAUAUUUACUUGCAUGCUUUGUUGAAAUGUUAUUGUCCACAUUCCAAUGUCAUUCUACGCUUACAUCACCAGACUUAGAUUUUGUUUUACAAAUAUGUCUGUAUGUGCUUUGUUUUGUCCUAAAUUCAGUUUCAACAUUCUUCGUUAGCAUAUAAAGACACACAGGGUAAGCUUUGAAUCAUUGAUAAAGAAGUAAAUGUGAAACACCAUGCAUUUAUUGCUCUGUGAUUUAAAAUAACCUCACCACACCAAAGCCUGUUGCAGAAAAUAAUUUCACUGUGAUGUCUCUAAUCAAUGCAGGCAAAUUAGAUUAACUUGUUACAAGUGGUAACACCAAAGAUACCAUUUCAUCAAUUAGUUGCGUGCUCGUAAUGCUAACCAAACCCUAUACUGAUCCUAAAGCUUAGAAGCAGCUUAUAAAGAUGUUUAUUUUAACGUAUCAAGAUAUAAGCUAAAAUCUGAUAGUUUAGUAUGUUAUAUCGUUCUCUAGACAUAAUCUUGACGGUGUGAGACUUAAAACUCCACGACGUACAAUGUACUAGUGUCACCCAAUAUCAACCAUGGUCAAACUAUCAUAAUAUUCUUAUACAUUUCCCAAUAUUCGACAUAACCAUUUGAUAGGAUUUUAAAGUGAAUCUGCUUUAAAAUAUGCAUCAAGUUUCUGUAUUCAACGUUGCAUUCAGAAGCUUGAUCCAUUUUCCCAUAGUGUCUUUCUAUUUAAGCAUUGUACAUCGCAAUAUAUUUAUUUAAAACGUUUCCCAUUAACAUAAAUCCAAUACCAAUACGAUUGCAUCAGCUGUCUACACGUGUGAUUAUGUAGUAAUCAUGACUAACACAAAUUAAUUUUGUUCGUCAUGGUUUGAACUGUUUUAGUUGCUAUAUCGACAUGAUUGUAUCUAUCGAAUUAGUAAAACACAUAACAAGGUCAUCGCCGAUGGUCAACGUAUAUAUAGUUAAUGUGUCUUAUAUGUAUCAGUUGGAAUAAAAUUGUUUCACGCUCUUAA